AUUCGUCCGCCGUCGGCCCUCGGAGCUCCUUCGAGAAACGCGGCAGGUUGGUUGAUCGCCACUAAAAGCACUUGCUCUUGUCUCACUAAUCAUUUCGCCUUCGCAACAAAACAACACUAGCUAGUAUCACCAUCCUCCAUCAUCAUGCUUGGUCUUCAGAUAUACUUUGCAACCAUUUUUAUUGUCAUUUCGGCCUACACCGCCAAGACCGUGUCCCUCUAUGGAUGGGGUCUCUUUCCAAUUUUCUUCGGGGACAUGGCCCAGUUCACUUGGCCGGGGCAAUUCAAUACUGAUUUCUUUUGCUUCCUAACCAUGUCGGCCACUUGGUUGACUUGGCGCCACCAUGGCUCCCCGGCCGCCUUUGUGUUGGGGCUCGUUGGCCUUGUCGGCGGUGCCCUCUUUUUGAGUGCCUACUUGUUGUGGGCAAUUGUGGAUGCCAACGGCGACUUGCCUACUCUGUUUCUCGGUAGUCAGCGUGCCAAGGCUCUUCGCAGCGGCAAACAGAACUGAUGGGGAGGGUGCAUUGCCAUGAUGUAGCGGAAUUUUCACGCCUCUGGGUAGAAUGAGCAGCGUACCAAGCAGGCACUGCCUUAGGCCACGAUGCACUCAGUUUGACGAAAUGAGGUCUAGUUAUAUUAUAACUUACUGAAGACUUGGCAUCCAAUUCCUCUGGAACAACACUCCGGUAUUGACAGUCUUACCUGCUACUGAUGGCAAUUCUGCACC